UGACUUCCGUGAGAAUAACCCAGGUGCUGCUAUGAAUCCUUGAAUUCUGGAAAACGAAGGAAAAAGUUUCUGUCUUUGUAUGUUAUAAGAAGACAAAAGAGAGAAAGAAAAAAAAAAAACAUGGAGGAUCGACCACUGGCCAGAAUUGGCCCCACAGGAGGAGGAGAUGUGAGAGCAGCAUGCAAAAAGUGUGGUUAUCCUGGUCACCUUACCUACCAAUGCAGGAAUUUUGUGAAGGUAGAUCCAAAGAAAGAUGUGGUCCUGGAUGUCUCAUCAACAUCGUCUGAAUUCAGUGAUGAUGAGACACCUCUUACGCAGCUUAAUGCACAGGAGCUGCUUGCAAAGAUGAAGGAAGAGAAACACCUCUUGCGCACAGAUAGCCCCAGCCGAUCAAGGUCAAGGGAAAGGGAAAAGAAGAAAAAAAAGAGGAAGAGCAAGCAUUCCUCGCCAGAAAGUUCCUCAUCGGAGAGUUCCUCAGAUA